CUCUGAAAAUAUUGAACAGAUACAGGACAUCUUUCAUAAUGCUGAUUCUGAAUGUUCGGGGGUUUCUAUUAAAGGUUACGUUCUUUCGGAUCCCAUUUUAAAACCCUAGUUAGUGUGUAAUGUUGCUAUAAUAGCAUAAAUAACACCUGUAAAAUGAUGAAGCUCAAAGUUCACUGCCAGGCGAUAUUUUCUUUAACAGAAUUCGCCUUUCAAAGUCUACAGCGAACGGCUGGUUUGGACUACAGCCCUUUACUUCCUGCUUUAAUGACGUCAGUAGAACAGUUUUUUGACAAAACUCCGCCCACAGGAAUACGGCAGUCACCAGCUUAUCUAACGGCAAGCUAUCCAAUCACAACACACUAAACAAGCUACACAAUCAGAACUCGCUACGUUUUUUUGAAGGAGGGACUUCAUAGAACAAGGAAGACAUCAGCCCGUUUUGAGGACAGUGAAAACAGCAGUAUACAGAUAAGUAAAUAGGGAUGGGACGGUAUGAAAAUUUCAUAUGAUUAUAGUGACCAAAGUUAUCACGGUUAUCAAUAUUAUCAUGGUUUUGUUAAAAUGAGAUAGAAAUGUUCAAAAAGAACUGAUACACACACUGAAAACAUUUGAACAAGUUUUAUUUUUGAAAAUCACAAUUUAAUAUCUUAUGUCCCUGAAAUUAUUUCUGUGGUAAAAAAAUAAAUAAAUUGUCUAAUAAGUUUACCGUGAAUGAAUACAAUACAUUAUCCCUUAAAUGCCUUCUUGUGCAAAAAACUAUGUUGCAUGUGCGCGUCUGCGUCAAACUGAUUCUGACAGAUUUUAUUGCGAGUUUUCAUAAUCACGGUAAUCAAACACGGUUGUAAUGAUAAUUAAAUUUUAAAUGAUAAUACUAACCGGCAGGACAUUUUAUUGCGGUUAACCGUGAAACCGGUUAUCGUCCCGCAAAUUUUGUGAAAAUACCGUGUUUUUCCACGUGAAACAUGAACACGUGUUAUAUUGCGCACUGUGUAAACACAAUCAGCUUCAAAAACACAGAAAGAACAAGACCUUUAAGAGCUGCUGCUUCCACUUUCACUUUCUAUCAAAAAGACACUCACAUGUAAAGCCAAAGUCUGAACAGCAAGCUGAUUUUGAAGAAUGGAUAAAGACCUUCAGUACAGGGAAGCAUCUAUGGUCACAUUGGAGAUUAAACUGCCUCAAAAAAAGGCUUAUUUUAAAAAAGCACCACCGGACAUCACCGCUUAUGACCUGAAGACACAGAUCACCAAAGAACAUGGAUUACAGGACUUUGAUCUCAUUUUUAAGGGAAAAAAGUUGUCCUUAGAGAAAAGACUUGAUGAGCAGAAUGUGAAGAACAAAAGCAGGAUUAUGGUGCUACCCGUGUCUUCUAAGAAUAGGAAUGACUUGCUGGAGUACGAGAAAGAAAAGCGCUCUGCAGAUGAAGGAGUGCAGAGAACCCAGAGAGGUAUCCAGAUUUUGUCAGAAAGACAAAGUACUGAGGAACCAUCCACCACUCCAUUACUGGAGAUCACAGAUCAGGAAGGAAAUACGCUUCAGAUUCCUGACAGAGAUAAAAAGGCUCUCAUGAUGGCGAUGGGAUUUAAUGAAAAAGGUCGAGCACUGAUGAAGAACAAACAGUUCAAGCCUGCUAUAUCUUAUCUGAAGAUGGCUGAAGAUCAGUUUAAACAGUGCGACCCCACAAUUCUCAAUGCACUGGAUAAUUUUGCAAUUCUUCAGCUUGACAUUGUGUGGUGUUACCAGAGACUGAAUGAUAGAGACUAUUUAAAUGAAGCCAAACAAAGACUGCAGAACGCAGAGAAAUGUUUCCAGAAAUGUUAUGGAGAUCAGCACAGCAGACUGCAGCAGAUCAAGAAGCAUACAGGAGGAGAAGACGUGCUGUUAUUGAGGUUGUAUCUUCUUCAGAGUUGCGUGGCCUUCCACAGCAACAAUAAGAAGCAAACAUCUGACCUACUUAACAAAGUCCAGGAUCUGUACAACCAGCUGCGUGUAGACCCAGAAAAACUGAACCAACUGACGAGAUUGGGUUUCUCUGAUCGGGAAGCUCGCCUGGGUUUAAGAGCAUGUCGAGGAAACAUCAAUGAGGCAGUGAAGUACCUGACAGUGAGGAAGGAGAAAGAGGAAAGAGAGCACGAGAGGAGCAGACGACAUCUGCAAGACGUAAACACACUGGUGGACUUGGGUUACAGUAGGAAUAUCGCUGCUAAAGCUUUGCGUUACGCUAAAGGAGAUUUAGACGAAGCCUUCAGGAUUCUGUUAGAUCGUGCUGAGGGUCAGACAUCAGACACAUCAGAUCAGGUGGGUGGGACCAAUUCAUCUUCGAGCUGUGACCCAAUCUCCAAUGUGUCCCAAUCUCCACCUUCAACUUCAUCAGAAAAGCCCAGCACUCCCUCUGACCCCCCAUCAGUUUCACGUUCCCCAGAUGAGGAGCUAGCGAAUGAGAUUUUAAAAGACAUUCCCAGACAUGUAGAAGAUUAUCUGGACCUGACGCUGGAGGAAGAGCAGGAAUUAAUGAUAUACCUCCGAUCUGAACUGGACAAAUGACCUUCCAGAAGAAUCCUUACAGGUGGAGAGGAGUAAUAUUGGCUUAUAGAGAAUAUAUAUUUAUUAAGGUUAUUGUUGCGUGUUACGUAAUAUUUCUUUGAAAUAACACUAAAUGAGAAAAGUAGUCAAAAAUUGUCUUUAUUAUUUGUUCAUAAAUAUAUAGCGAUAAAUAUUGCAUGAUGUACUACCUUAAACCAGCUAGUGAUAUAUUGCGGUUAUAUAUAUAACAUUCUUAACAAAUCUUUAUUUAGUUUCACAAAAAUUUAGUUGGUCUCUGAUUCAAUGUUAACAGUUGUGUUAUAAUCGGCCU